UAAGGAACGAAGUCGAUUCUGAUUGGAUGAUGCUAGUACCCUACUCCAGUCUCAGACUUACGUUGUGAUAAGAAGCGGGGGACUCGUAUAUAAACACUUCUCCUUGGCUUUUUACUUCCCGCCGUCUCAUUGCCAGAUUAAGAUUUUAUUUGAAGCUUUUUGUCAAACGAUAAUUCUAAUUUCCAAAAUGGCCGAUAUCCAAGGAAGCUUCAAGUUGGUCUCCAGUGAAAAUUUUGGAGAAUUUUUGAAGGAAAUUGGGGUCAACAUGGUGACUCGCAAACUGGCUGAGACAUCAAAGCCAACUGUGGAGAUCAAGAUUGAGGGGGAUGAUUACUCCAUCAAGACCCUUGCCUUCAAAAGCUCCGAAAUCAAAUUCAAGCUUGGCCAGGAGUUCGAAGAGAAGAGACUCGAUGGUGCCACAGUCAAGACGGUGGUUACACGUGACGGAAACAAACUUACCCAAAUUCAACAUGGGGAUAAGGAAGUAAAAAUCGUCCGAGAAGUAUCUGGAGAUACCCUGACAGUCACAUGUGAAGCUGGCAGCGUUGUUUCCACAAGAGUCUACAAACGAGAAUAAGUGCAUGUCCAUCUGUCAGUCGUCAUCUCAUCGAUAUCAGGACACCUGUUUUCACCAGUCAAGUUCUACCCAAAACAACAUACGGGUUCUAAUAUAAAAUCGAAAUGUUUUAAUUUUCCGAUAUUUUGUGUAACGGUGAACUAAUUGUGUCGAUUCUAAAGAUGCUCAUUCAUUUUAAAAAUGUCUGUGCACAAACGAAAUAACAUCUGUAUUCUUUUUUAUUUUUUUUUUUUAAAUGUCUAAUAAAAUAUUGCAAUUAUAAAA